AUGCUAAGACCAUCUGCAACGGGAGACAGCUGGCAGGGUGAGAUUGGUGUGGCGGAUGUUUUGUGUUUUGUGUUGCAGAAAAAAAAAAUUUCAUUCUCCGGCAACCCUUGUCCGCCUCACUCACUCGUCAUCUUCUUCAAGUCAUCUCCUUUGCAACCCAGGGAUGACUUCCGUCAGACUUACAAGAAGGAACACCCCAAUAACAAAUCUGUUGCUGCUGUUGGAAAAUCUGGUGGCGAGAAGUGGAAAUCCUUGUCUGACUCUGAGAAGGCUCCCUACGUAGCUAAGGCUGAUAAGCUGGAGGAAGGUCCAAAGGAAGACGAGGAAUCUGAUGACAAGUCAGUGUCUGAGGUUAGCGAAGAGGAGGAUGCCGACAUCAGAGUGAUGAGGAGAAAGACGAUUAGACUAAGAAGUUGAAGUUGGCAGCAUUAUAUAUGAACGCCGCUGCAAGGAUCUCUCUCUCUUAUUUACCAACAUAACGUUUCCUGUUUGGAUUGAAGAGCAGCUCACCGUCGAACCCAUCAAUGAGUUUGUCCAAAGCUGUGACAUUGUUGCCUUCAACAAUAUCUGAGGAUGGAGAAAAGAGCUUAAGGAUGGCCUGUGUGUUUUGAUUUUUUUGAGUUUCCUAUGUUUUAUACUCUUUGUUUUGAUAAUCCUAAGGACUCCCCUAAUCAAGUACACCAUUGCACA